UCUAUCGGCGGCCGGACCGUCGGUCCCCGGGCGGCGGAGCAUGGCUGGCGGCGGGACGAGCGGGCAGGGCGUCGGGCUGGUGCUACUGCUGGUGCCGCUCGCCCUGGCCUACGACUGGGGCGGCCGGCUCACGCAGCCCACAUGCCUCGAGAUCCCGGCCAACCUCACACUGUGCCGAGACAUCGGCUACAGCAAGAUGCGCCUGCCCAACUUGCUGGAGCACGACAGCAUGGCGGAGGUGCAGCAGCAGGCUCGCUCCUGGGUCCAGCUCGCCAACCGCCGCUGCCACCCUGACACCCAGCUUUUCCUCUGCUCGCUCUUCUCGCCAGUGUGUCUGGAGAGACCCAUCUUCCCUUGUCGGAGCCUCUGCGAGGCCGUGCGCAGCGGCUGCGAAGGAACCAUGCUCCGAUACGGCUAUCCGUGGCCCGACAUGGUGCGCUGCGACAAGUUCCCCGUUGACAACGAUAUGUGCAUCAGCGUGCAGUCCAACAACCAACCCGCACCCGAAUCCCCGGCCUGCAGAGCCUGCCAGCAGCCCAACACCACGGAGAGCCUGGUGGACAACUACUGCCGCGCAGACUUUGUUCUACGAGCUCGUGUCAAGCGUCUCCAAGGCUCCGUGCUCCAGUGCAAGCGGGCCAAACUGCUCAAGGUCCGCGAAGACCUUUCGCGGAAACAGCUCCGGAGGCCGACGUUCCGCAGUCCCGACCUGGCGCGCUGCUGCGGUCCUCUCAAGGGCCAGCUUCUUCUGAUGGGCACAAGGACCACUGAUGGUCGUCUGCUACCGACACUGAUCGUGCCAUGGCGCCGAAGCCCCACGUUUCGCAGGGCCCUGAAGCUGAUGCGAGCCGUCAACUGCGCCAAUCCCUUGGUACACUAGUCCCACUCGCGCCCGACUCGUGCCUGGAUGUCCGUGUCAGUAGAGGAUGGUGAUGUGACCUGCAGUCUGCCAUUUUGGCUCCUAGCUACUGCUGAAACCUGGAAUGUGGCACCUAGUUACUCCUCUCCCUCUCCAGAGCUCCAGAUGUUGUGCUAGAUGCUCUGGUGUUGCUGGCUGUUGGCUCAGCAUUUCAUCCCCAAUAUUAUUAACGCAUGCUGCUGGACGUGUGCGGACCGCGAGCUUCCACAUUAUUAAUUUUACACGAUCAAGCUUGUCUGCCUCGGAGGUCGGUGUGUCAAACUUGCACAUCACCAAUGCUGCUUUGACACCUAACAUGUCAUGGACGUACAUAAACAUCCUAAGAGAACAAAGAAGGUCAGCACUAAUUGAGGUGCUGCACUUUAAGUGAUGUCUUGCAGAAAUUGUAUGUUUUAGCCUCCCAACACCCCUUCGUGUUGGCGAACAAAUGUGAAACAAGCUAUUCAAGCCAUACAAACUAACUUUGGAGAUUUUUGAGAAUACUCAAAAAUAUUUCUCAUCAAACACUUGGACAUUGAGAGAAAUUUGCGUAACACUAGAGACUUUAAUGCACAGACGUUUUGCACAGACUCUUUUCUUUCUCAGUGUGUACAAUCGAAAGAAAGGGCUCUUUCCAAAAGCAUUAAAGUCUCUAUUAUUACUCACAUUUCUCUUAACGAGAUUUUGAGAAUGAAACAGUGACCGUUUGUGCUUGAUGGACCGUGCCAUCCAUUACAUCAAACCUUUUUAAGCCAAAAGUUACUGCUGACACAUAGACGUUAACAAAAGCAAGAAAUUAAUGAGGCAAGUCACAUGCUUGGAAGUGUAGCAACGCAGCCUUAAAAAUCUUAAAUGUCACCUUUUUUUAACAAUGUUUUUUUAGGGAUUUAGCACUAGGAGACAAUAGCAUUAGUGUUUUGGAGCCAAAGUGACUAGCUGCCAUGAAACAUCUACCAUGCUAGACAAAUGUUGAAUAGACCGUUUGCUAAAUUACCCAAGUGUCAAGAAGCAUUCUGCAAGUGUAGACGCACCGUGCACGUGCUGGCGUCUGCAGCAGUAGCUCGUUUGAAGCAAAAACCUAAGACAAAUGGCACCUCGCAUGUAUGUUUGUCAACGCCCGAUUUUGGUUAUUUACCUCCGACUUUUUAUGCAGAUGAGGCAAGCACGUGCAGCGCAUGCACCUACAGUCUCGGCAUUCUUUUUGAGCUUGGGUAAUUUAGCAAAAGGUCUAUUGAGGUUCUGUACUCCAACUUUCGCAACUUUUUUCUCCUUAGUAAUGCUAAAGGGUUGCUUGUGUCACAGUCAUGCCUCAAGUGCCACAUCCGAAAUGCCACACGCUCCGCUGGCUGGGGCUGAUGCUCGCCACAUGUAGUACCUCUCUUUUCAUCGGCUUGGUCACUCUUGUCGGUUUCAUUUUUCCUUUUGCUUGAGCAUGUUUUUAUAAAAACUUUUUAUGGUGUGCCAUUUUCUUUUUAUGCCCCCUUAUUAAAUAGAGAACAUACUGAACAACAACAACAAAGUGCCAUUUCAUGUUCUAUGUCAGUGCUUCAUACUCUUGACUGUCUGCUGCAUUGUGUGUGUGGUAACAUACUUGCCACCUCUUGUGGGCAUGUGUCGUGUGCAUUUCUGCCUUCCGCUUUUUUUCUGGCUUCCUGUUCGUUGUGUGCAUUUGUGAAGCCUGGUCAUUAGAGAGUGUUUCUUUAGGAUUUUAUUGCGUGUACGUGUUUGAGUGUCACAAUAUUAAAACGCCGUGCGGUGUUCAUGCUACAAACUUUUGCCCUUAUAGAAAUGACAACCUUGUGUGGACUUGGUAAGAUAUGUUCGAGUAUUUUCCUAUAGUGUUAAUGCUUAAUGGGGAUGCUGCUUUGUAUAGUCCCUCAGCUGUGAUAAGCAUUAGUAAAAUAAAACAGGUAAUGAUUUA